AGCACCGGCGCGGCUUUGUGCGUAUGCGCCAUCUUCCGGCUCCGGGCGGCUAGUCCGCCGGUACUGAGGAGGAAGCUCAGCUGCGGCUGUGGGGGAGCGCAGCCGCGGUGACAGCUGGACCCGAGGAGGCGGCAGUUCUGCCGUCUCAGGACUCGGCUCUUCCCCAAGAGAGGAGCCUCGAGGGGGCCUCAUCAGCCCAUGAAAUUCUGAAAGUCAUGUCCAUCGUGAGUUUUAAGAUCAUGGGUCAGACUUGUUCAGGGAUGUGGCCGUCGUCUUCUCCCGAGAAGAGUGGGAACAGCUGACGCCUGCUCAGAGGGACUUGUACAGAGACGUCAUGUUGGAGAUCUAUAGCAUCCUGCUCUCACUGGGUCCAGAUCUUGCCGUUUCCAAACCCGAUGUGAUCUCCUUCCUGGAGCAAGGCAAGGAGCCCUGGAGGGUGGAGGAGGCAGUGACCGGAGGCCUGUGCCCAGUCUUGGAGUCGAGAUAUGAUACUCAGGUCUUAUCUCUGAAGCAGCCCGUUUGUGAAGUGCUGUCACCCGGGUACGAGAGAACAGAAAGCCUUACAAGUUGUCCCGAAUACUCGAGUUUCCAAGAUGACUGGGAAUGCAGACACCAGUGUGACAGACAGCAGGGGAGUCCAGACGGACAUUUGAGUCAAAUGAUAAUCAAUCAUGAAGAAAUGCCCACUUUUGACCCACAAGUAUCCCUUACUUUUUAUCAGAAAAUCCAUCCUGGAGACAAAUCCUAUACAUAUAAUGAUGGCAGCGAAGACUUCUGGCCAGAGGACUUCCUUAUGAACCAUCAAGGAAUUCACACUAAUGAGAAACCCUAUAAAUGUAAGGAGUGUGGGAAGGCCUUUAAAUAUGGUUCACGACUAAUUCAACAUGAGAAUAUUCAUUCUGGCAAGAAACCCUAUGAGUGUAAGGAAUGUGGGAAGGCUUUCAAUUCGGGUUCAAAUUUCAUACAACACCAGAGAGUCCAUACUGGUGAGAAACCCUAUGAAUGUAAGGAUUGUGCCAAGGCCUUCAGUCGGAGCUCCCAGUUGAUUGAACAUCAAAGAAUUCAUACUGGGGAGAAGCCCUAUCAAUGUAAGGAGUGUGGGAAGGCCUUCAAUCGGAUCUCACAUCUUAAAGUACAUUAUAGAAUUCACACAGGUGAGAAGCCCUAUGCCUGCAAGGAAUGUGGGAAGACCUUUAGUCACCGGUCUCAGUUGAUCCAACAUCAGACUAUUCACACUGGCAAGAAGCUCUACGAAUGUAAGGACUGUGGGAAGGCCUUCAAUCAGGGCUCAACCCUUAUUCGACAUCAGAGAAUUCACACUGGUGAGAAGCCCUAUGAAUGUAAGACCUGCGGGAAGGCCUUUAGGGUGAGCUCACAACUUAAGCAACACCAGAGAAUUCACACUGGAGAGAAACCCUACCAGUGCAAGGUGUGCGGUAGGGCUUUCAAACGGGUCUCACACCUUACUGUGCAUUAUAGAAUCCAUACGGGUGAGAAACCCUACGAAUGUAAGGCAUGUAGGAAGGCCUUCAGCCACUGCUCACAGCUCAUUCAGCAUCAGCUCAUUCACACUGAGGAAAAGCCCAGUGACUAUAAGGAAGAGGGGAGGACUUUCCAUUGUGAUUCAGCUACUGUUCAGCACCAGAGAAUGCAAAGUAGAGAAACACAGGUGAAUAUAAUAAAUGUAGAAAAGCCUUCCAUCAGCACUUACCCCUUGUUGAUCAUCAGAGAAAUUAUGUUAGCCAGCAACCACAUGGGUGGAAGCAAUGGGGAGAGCCCAUUGGCUUAGGCUAAUCACAGCUUUGUCCUUCCAUCUUGGGAUAAGACUUGAAUGUACCAUAAGUCAGAAUGCCUUCAUUCAGAGCUGUCCCUUCUCCUAAGUCAUAAAGUUCAUACUGAAGGAAAAUUUUAUGGAUACAAGUUGUCUAGACCAUGAUAGUCAAAGAAGCAAGGAACGGUUGGGAAAAAUGUCUCUUAACACAUUCUUGAUUCACCUUUUCUAACUACCAUGUAAUAAUUUUAACAGUAGCCGAAGGUUUUCAUUUUCCUAUAAAGUGAAAAGGUAACUAAAACAGCAGAAUUACUCUUGGGGUAACAAGAAAAUAAAUCAUGCAGUUACCAUAAACAGUAAAGAAGAAUGAAUGACAGGGUUGCAGGUUAAUCCCUGGUCAAGGCACAUCCAAGAAACAACCAAUAUAUAUAUACUGUUCCCCCAAUAUAUAUUGUUCUGCAACAUAUAUUGUAACAAUAUAUAUAUUGUUAUGUUAUACAUAACUGAGGGGAACAAAAAAAUCCAUGUUUCUCUCAAAGAGACAAGGAGAGUUUUUGUACAUUCUAACAGACAGGUGUGGUUGGUGCCACUCAGAGGAAUUUUAAAGAUUUUACGUAUUUUUAGAAAGGGGAAGAGAGGAAAAGGGAGAGAAACAUCAAUGUGUGGUUGCCUCUUGAGUGCCCCCUACUGGAGACCCGCCCCACAACCAAGACGUGCCCUGACUGGGGAUUGAACCAGUAACCCUUUGGUUCAUACACCAGUACUCAAUCGACUGAGCCACACCAGGCAGUGCUACUCACAGUAAUUUUUAUAACCUUUAAAUGCACGUGAAACAUGAAAACCUGUAAGAUUAUACUUAAAUAUUCUAAAUGUACUAUUCAAGAAGCCAGAAAAGAGAACACCAAGCAUCCAGAUGAUAAAAGAACAAGUCAGUACAAAAUAACAAAGUAGAAUGUGGUCAUCUUACAACAAUCUAAGUUUUCAUUUCUUCCUGACCCAAGAGUAAACUAAGUUUAGCAGAUGGUUUCCAUGUCGUUUGAUUGUUUUGGGUUAUCUUAUAACAUGUUGCAGAGAGAAGGGGUUGGUUGCUUACCUAGCAGCCAUAUCCCAUUCCCCUUCUUGUUGGCAGCAUCUGUGUCUUGCUUUAGAAUCUGAAGGUGUCAGAGGAUAAUUUCUGCCUCCUUUGCAGCUCAGGUAGGCCACUGUGUUCCAGGGACCUGCUGGGCUUCUAGGAAAGAUUUUCCUAAUUCAGAAGAGACAUGUAUUAGGAAGACUUUCCUUGUUUUCUGCUAUUAAACAUUUUUCUAUGAGAUCAUGAUGUCUGGAGUUGCUGCAGCCAUUUUGGGAUCAAGAGGAGAAAACAGAAGCUGAUCUAGAAACCAAUUUUGAAACUUUCUUUGAUGCUUUCUUAGAAAAAUAAACCUUUAUUGCUAAAGUUCAUUUUAAUUGGAUAUCUUGUAUACUCACAGCCAUAAACAUCCUUAAUUAUAACAUUUCAGAUUUUAGUAUGAUUGGUAAAUAUGGCCUAGAUAUCAAUACCUACCUUUUAAGAUUUGACAUUUUUCUUUGUGGCUAAGUACAAGAUUGAAUGUUUAUGUUCCUUAACAUUGAAAAACACUACAUACUAUUUUUUGUUUGUUUGAAUACAAGGUUCUGUUUAAGCCUGUGGAUUAUAAUGACAAAAUUCUCCAUGUUCUCAUAUUAUUUGAUAUAUUGGAUCAGAAUUUGCUAAAAUUGAACUUCUUGAACCAAGAUCAUGAAUUUCCAGAGAUUUUUACUUUUUAAUUUAUGUUGUUUGACUAUGACUUAAGCCCUAUUUAUGAAUCAUACCUUUUAUCGUUAUAUAAUAUCCUAUUGUGCCAGGGGUAGUGAUCAACAAACCAAAUCUGGCCUGCUGCCUGAUUUAUAAAUAAAGUUUUAU